AAAAUAACAAUACACUUUUACACAUUACACGCAGACACCUACAUGCACAGUGAAUUUAACACGUGCUGAAUCCAAUAAUAUAAGGCAACUAAUUAGACGGAAAAGGAAUUGGCCAUCCUAUCGAAUCCUCUCUCGGCUUAAGAGUGUCUGUUCCUCUACAAACAUGAAAAUUCAGUUCAGGUAAAGAUAAACUAUCCUUAAUGGGACGACGGUGUUUCUUGGAUACACUCUAGACACCACUCUCGUUCGCAGGGCAGUCAGCUGAUUGCAAUGUUGAAAGCUGAAGAAGACAACCCCACUCACCCACUUGGUUGAAUAGAUAAAGGACCAGAAUGUCGCUGGAAGGUGAAAUAAGCAGUGAGGUGCAUGAGGAUCUGGAGGAUAUCCCCUCUACUGAAUGGGAAAAAAGUUUAGCAAUUUCUCCUACAGCAUUAAGUUGCAUAAGUGCCCCAUAUGACGAAGAUGUUGACCUAGGUGUCGGGGAAGUUCAAGAAUUUGUAAAUGAGAGUGAUAAUAAAGAGAAGAGGAGGAAGAAGUCACAUCACAGGAGAUUUACUGUUCCUGUUGUAACAGCAGAUAUGCAGGAAGUUGUAGCUAGUCAGAGUGAAGACAUUAGAAUGGAUACUAAGGCCGAGAUGUUUGCUGAGACAUUGCAAGUUCCAAUGGCUCAGAAGCUUUUGCACUUGAAGUACGAUGAACUGUCAUAUGCAGACACCGAAUCCGAGUCCAUAGUUGAUGCUAGUCUCAUGUCAGGAUCAGAUAGUCAGUCUGCAUCUUUGAGACCCACUAAAAUGAAGAAGAAAUUGAAAAAGCUAAAGAGCAUGAAACUAAAGAGGGAUGGAAGGGAUUCAGAUUCUUCAGUGUCAUCAAGGAGAAGAGGAUCAACUCGAAGGGCGCUUGUCAAAUGCAAAUUUUUACCAGAGGGUCUUGCGUAUAUUGAAAGCUGCUUAAGAGGCCGCAUAUUUUCUGGCUGGGUGGAAGAACGAAAAUGGGUGGAGAAUCUAGGUAGCUACAGAGACAUUGUGGAAGUGGAUGAGUGGGAGGUGGACUUCAAUAAACAGCUGAACAUCAUUAUUAGAAAAAUCCCAGGGGUACAAGAAGGUACUAGAUGGAUCAACAUAACCGCACCCACAGCCGUUCAACUUAGCUACUGCUUGUGGGUGUUGCUUAUUCAACCGCCCAUCCCAGGCCAUUAUUGGUUUGUCAUCACUGGUGUCGCCGUGCAGCCUCUUUUUGGUUUGAAAAUUUCACUCCAAAUUGUUAGGAGUAUUGAUCCACAAGAUUAUGAAACUGCAGAAGCUCGCAGCAAAAGGAGGCAGAUAUCAUCAAGUGAGCUAGGCCACGAGUUGGAGACAAUCAGCCAACAGUUCAUGGAUUGGUGGGAUCAAGUGCGGCAGUUAAACUUUGCUCUAGUUUGGUCUGCCGUAACAGCAACAUUCACAAUCAGCAAUAUCCUAGAAGCAGUCAGAUUUUGUAUAAUAUUGGUCAUCACUCUGAUAGUUGGCUUGGUGACAUUGCUCAGGGACUCGUAUCAUUUUGUGCUUGGAGUCAUUCAUGAGGCAGGCAUAUUUUUCAGAAAUUUGAGACCAUUCCUACAGUCUGUGGUUUUAUUUGUGGAAAAACUUAUUGGUGGAUUGUAUCUCCUGCUAGCCAUGGUAUAUAGAGACUGGAAGCAACCCAGUCCUCAAUCUGCUUCACCCUCCCCAGUCACCAGGCAUACGCUUCAACCUUCUAAGUCAGAUCACCCUCACGUACCUACAUGUUCUCCUGCUGUGCCGAGGACUGUGAAAUACGUACCUCCACAACAAUGGGUCUAUAAAAGGCAGACUAGUAACCCACUGCAUUCAUAGUUCCUUGAGUAUACUGUACUCUGUUUUGAAGCGCUUUAUUUAUUCACAGAAGUAAACGUUUAUGUGAUAGGUAUAGUAGUACUGUAUUUAUUUCAGAAAAAGACAUAUUUCCAUCUAAACCACAUCCCAUUCCAGAGUUAAAGUUACUGAAAGUGUACAUCCAAAUUGAUUACAGGAGUAAUAAGUGAAUGGUUGUAUUGUGGUCUUACAGAUCCUUGUGUUUAUGUAUUAUUUAUGGCCACAGUUAAAUUUCGCAGUUGAUGAAGCGAGAGUUCUAAACUCAGUAUUCAUUUUGGGAAAUUUAUAUUAAUUUUAUUAUCAAACCGAGCUUCUGCAAUUUAGUUAUUCUAAACAGUAGUAAACCUAAACAUGUUCUCAGGGUGGGAAAAUGCUUUUUGGUGUAUUGUUCUACAGUGUUUUACAAUUAUUUCGACUCAGAUCAUUAUAAUGUGGAUAUUAGUAUAAUGGAUAGUUGGGACUUAUAGCAUAUGUGUACAUGUCCCCCAAGAAUAUCAAAUGUCAUAUUUCAUCCUUUUAAGGUUUGUUUGAGAAAAUUAUAAUGUGUCUACGACUUAGACUUGAUCUGUGGCUAGUAGUCACUGUCUGUACUCCAUGUAUUUCGGCAGAAUAAAAUGCAUGUAUCAUG